GUUAUUGCAGGACAGCAUAAUUGUGAUACGCGCCUCGUGGGAAUCCGAUCUUAUUACGUGAUUUGUCUUAUGUUUUGUGUACUCUUUUGUUUAUUUAUUUUUAUGAAAAAUAUCUAUACAGACUUUCGCAAUGAUUACGAGAAGUAAUUCGGUAGCUAGCACUUUAAGUGGCAUCAUCUCGAAAAUAGAAAUAGAAUUGGAACAGAAGACAGCACAUUUACACGCAUCAUGCCGAUUAGAACGUGAAGAUGCCGCAGUGUCGAAUACAAGAAACAAAUUAUUGUCACGCGAUUCAAAGGAAGAUGUAAACUGUCGCAUUUGUUACGUUGAUCCAGAAAUACCCGUGAUAUAUCCGUGUAAAUGCAAGGGAACAAUGGGCGCAAUUCAUCUUAAGUGCUUAGAGCGCUGGUUAGAAGAGAGCAACAGAAACAACUGCGAAUUGUGCGGAUACGAGUUUCGAGUGGAGCGUACACCUCGUUACCAUGCUCUACGAUCUGUAAUAAUCUGGUUCUGUUUGGAUCGAGAUGAACACGAAACGUAUACUCGCAGUGUGAGAGCCGAUCUACUCAGAUGUCUCAUCGUCACUCCGAUGACCAUUGCAUGUUCCUACAUCUGUGUGAUAGCCGUCGACUUCUACACUAUGAACAAUUACGACAACUUCCCACCCGCACGAUGGACCACUUGCUCGCUAUUAUCAAUGAUAGCGUUGUUGAUUUUAUCGUGCUUUAUUUGGAUUUACAUGGCGCUGCAGUAUCAUCAAAAGGCGUGGUUCUUUUGGUGGCAAAAAACAAGCGUGGUAAAACUUGUUGGCGUAACGGGGGGAACCGCUUUAAUCAAAAAUGAGAAGCGCGGCGUAUAAGUUUGACAACAUGGAGACGUUGAUUGACGAGUGGAUUAAGAGGCCCGUCGUUUAAUAGAGACCUUCCCGCGACUCAGCUGCGAGGUAUAAAUGCGUACUUUGCUGCCAUCCGAGACUUUUUUCACCCAGAUCUAGAAAAAAAUAAACAUUGUGGUAAA